AUGUCGGCAGAGGAAGAGCCGACCGGCCGCCGCAGCCGCCGCACGGCCGCCACCUCGAAGAAGGCCGACGCCUUCAGCCGUUUCAAAGAGGCCAGACGAAGUGGCAUAUCCCGCCAAACGAUCGACGGCUCCGACAUUCCGGAUGUCUACGAAGAAGUGAACGAGGAUGAGUACCAGGAGAUCAUCAAGCAGCGCCAACGCGACAAUUUUGUCGACGACGAUGAUGGCGCCGGCUACAUCGAUACCGGGCUUGACGAUUUCGGCGAUGAGAACGAGUGCCAGGAUGCCAAGGGCGAGAAGAAAGAAAAAAGGAAAAGAAAGGUGCGC